CCGGGAUGGCGGGUCGUCGGCUCCGGCCCAGCAUCCUCGACGCCAUCACGAUCGUGUGCAGUCUCUACGCGCUACUGGUCGCCGCCGUCCACUCGUACUUUACAAAUCAACCGCACAUCAUUGCGUUCGCAUCGGCGAUCAACCCGCUCUGGUCGUCGGUGGUCUUUUCGCUCUGUGCGCUUCUGCAUGCCGUGGGCGGCGUCCAGCUGUACCGCGCGCGGACCCGCGUCAACGAUACGACCAGCCACCUCCGGCUGCUCAAGCCACUUGGCACGCGAACGCAGCGGCACGCCAAGUCGAGCUACACGUCGCCGUUCCACGAGGUCUCGCUGCGCUUACGGAGCUUAUUUCGCCUUCGACUGCGGUCGGCCGAAGUGGCACCCGACCUCCGAGUCAUUCAGGACGAUCUGCAUCGCAGGACGAUUGAAGCGUCGACGACAGCGCCACCGUCGCGGUGGCGGCUGUGGUUCUGGCGUCUCCAGGGUGUUUGGGUGCACGCCAUCAUGCUGGCCGAAGGGCUCUUCAAACGGUUUUUUGGACCCCGUGGGCUUUUCAGUCGCACGGGCCGGCUGUACGAAGUGCGUCUGCUUGUCCGCGAGGCCGUGAUCCUGCCGCUGCAACUGGUUCGCGGCGUUCGGCUGAGCCAUCGCAUUACGAGUCCGCUCGUCACGCUCUACGGCGUCGUGUGGGCGUGUCACUGCAUGCUCGUGCUUCCGCUUGUCAUGUGGAAUUUCUACAACUACCAGUGUCGCGCGACGCGAGAGGUGUACCGCCACCACCGGAUUCGGAUUCUGCUGCUCAUCAUCGUUUUGGACUUGGUGCUGAGCGUCGUCGUGCCCAUGUGUGUCUUCGUGCCCGUUGUCUACACCCUUGCGCGCAACCCGCGCGUGCUUGAGAACGCUCACUUUAGCAUGCAUGCGAUUUCCGUCAACGAAACGUUCAUGGUGACGUCGGUGCUCGAUCUGCUGACGUUGAGCGUGCCGCUUCUACUCAUCUACUCGACGGUUCAGAGCAUCCACACGAACGCGAUUGGCGCGUUCUUGCAUACCAACGUGGUCAUGGCGGCGUCGGUCCAAAUGCGAUUUCAGCUCAUCAAAAAGCUCUUUCGCAUCGGCGCCUUUCGACCCGUGGCGCUGGUGCCAGGUCCGCGCUUGAGCAUCCCCGAGCUCUCGUCCAAGUGGCACCGACGCGAGUGGUGGACGACGACCCCGCAGGAAACAACGCGGCGAUGGGCCGAGAAGGUCCUUCGCGGCUCUGUCGCCGCGCGCCGCAAGGCGUCCCUUUCGCUUCGAGUGAUGCCGCAGCCACGGCGCCCAUAUGUCCUCGGGCUUGUUUGUACUGGCGUCGCUGGCUUCAGCUGUGGCGCUCUCGUACUCCUCGCCACAUUUCAAGCGCUCGCGACCGAUGUGUGCACGCUUCCGAUGAAUGCGCCGGUGAUGUCGUGCCACAACCCGCUGCGACCGUGGACACUUUUCCACUUGACACCGCAGCCGUGCCACUGCCAAGUCGUCCAUGUGGACUGCACGACACUGUCAUCGGCGCAGCUCGACGCCUUUUACCGCACCUUUGAUGUUUUUUUGAGCACGUACCCCGCCGAGUACGUCAACAUGAUGACGUUCACCAACUGCUCCAUGACCGCGCCACACCGAGUGCCGAUGUCGCUGGAGCGUUUCCACAACCUCUGGUUUCUCCAUCUGGAUGGCGCGUCUCUGCGCAACUCGGACAUUCUGCCGUCGCUCGCCGCCUUUCCCAAGCUUUUGUACCUCACGCUGCGGAACCAAGCAUGGACGGAGCUUCCACCGGCGCUCUCGGCGUUGCCGCCGCACUUGUCGGUCCUUGCCCUCGGCGGCAGCCCGCUCUCCGAGCAAUGGCCGCUCUGGGUCAGCUCGGCGUGGCGCAACCUCACAGUCUUAUCCCUUGUUGCCUGCGAUCUCUCGAGUCUGCCACUGCCCAUCUUGACACUGCACCACCUCACGACGCUCGACUUGACGGAAAAUGCGCUGACGACGCUGCCGCAGCUUCCUACGACAGCGUGGCCCCAGCUCACGACACUCUACCUUGGCGGCAACGCCCUCACUUCCAUCCCAGACGCGCUAUGGUCGCUUCCGCAGCUCUCGGCACUUACGCUGGCGGCCAAUCGGCUCGUCAGCUGCAGCGCGCCGCAUCGGCCCCUCACGCUCUACACGCUCGACGCGAAUCCGUGCUGCAUUACGACAGCGUUGGACGCGUGCUCGACGAGCUGCGCGCCGCUCUGCGAUCCGCAACGGCUUGCGUCGCCCGUGUGCUCGCCGUAUUGCAACACUGUAGUGUGUCGUCGCCAGUUUGCGUGUGGCAGUGAUUAGCACUCAAGACGCUAAUCCCCCACGAAAUCGAAUAUGGCAAACCGCCCAGCAGGAUGCCACGUCAUAU